AUGCCGCCCUCGCCCCCGACGUCGCCGCCAGCUGCCAAGCGAGCAAAGCUCGACGCGGAGCCCCCAGCAACCCUCAGUUCACCGGCACAGCCUAACGGCCAGCAGAGAGCGGAGAGGGAUGUCCCAUCCGAUAGCGAGAGUGAGGAUGAGCCGGAGGAGGCUAUUCCGGAUGAGGAGGAGGAUUUGAGGCAUCGUGACAUGUACCUCGAUACUGUAUCCCGGGCUAAUCUGGACUUUGACUUCGAGCGGCUAUGCUCUAAGUCUUUGUCGAACAUCAAUGUUUACUGCUGUCUUGUUUGCGGCAAGUACUUCCAGGGACGUGGGCGAGGAUCGUGGGCGUACCGCCAUGCUGUCGGCGAGAACCACCGCGUCUGGCUCAACCUAGCGACCGAGAAGUUCUACGUUCUGCCGGAAGGAUACCUUGUCAGCGACCCAAGCUUGAACGAUAUCCUGCACGUUUUGAACCCUCGGUUUGAGGCUGCAUCGCUGGCCGGACUUUCAGACCUACGACCGCCGAGCCUGACGCUCGAGAAGAGGGAGUACCUGCCAGGCUACGUGGGCCUGAAUAACAUGAAGGCGAACGACUACUUGAACGUGAUCACGCAGAUGCUCCUGCAUGUCCCACCGAUUCGCAAUUUCUUCCUGAACCCGAAUACGCCGCAGCUGCAGGAGUCGGCGCGGCCGACGGAGCUCGUCUCGCGGUUGGCGGCCCUGACACGUCGUCUCUGGAACCCUCGCCUGUUCAAGGCGCAGGUGUCCCCGCACGAGUUCUUCCACGAGGUCACGAAGCGCAGUAACGGGAAGUUUACGACGAUUGAGCAGGGCGACCCGGUCGAGUUCCUAGGCUGGCUCAUCAACACGCUCCACCGCGGCCUCGGCGGAACGAGGAAGCGCAACUCAUCCGUUAUCUACACGACGUUCCAGGGCAAGGUGCAGAUUGAGACACAAAAAAUCAUCACGCACAAGGACUAUGCGCGUCCUGUGUUUGAGGAGUCACGAGACAUUGAGCGCAUGUCGUCACCCUUCCUCUUCCUCGCGCUCGACCUGCCUGCGACGCCGUUGUUCCAGGACGCGAACGAGAAGAAGAUCAUCCCACAGGUUUCCCUCGCAUCGAUCCUGGCCAAGUUUGACGGCAAGACGACGCAGGAGUUCGGCCCGACACUGAAGCGCCACCACCUGCAGGCACUCCCACCAUACCUGAUUCUGCACAUCAAGCGCUUCACGAAGAACAACUUCGUCGAGGAGAAGAACCCGACAAUUGUCAACUUCCCCAUGCGCGGCGUCGACAUGCAGCCGUACGUCGACCCGAAGCCGAGCGACCCCAUCAUGGCGUGCUACGACCUUCUCAGCAACGUCGUGCUCGAGAGCACGAUGGCGAGCACAAAGGCUUCGGGCAAGCCGGACCCCAGCGACGACUCGACUGUGGCGUGGAAGAUCUUCCAGCGCGCCGGACGGGGAGGAGGCGAGUCCGAGCGGUGGUAUGAGAUGCAGGACCUGCGCGUUGAGGACGUACGGAGGGAGAUGGUGCCCCUCGGUGAGACGGUCAUUCAGGUCUGGGAGCGGCGUGAUCUCUCCACGCCGGCGAAGAGGGCGUAG